GGGAUUCGUAAAGGGAUCAAGGCUGUCGCUUGUUCCGUCCCUUCGGUCGGGGCGGUCGUAGAUAUAAAUAAUUGGCCGUUGAGUCUGAGAUCGAGUGCAUCGCGACUCAAGUAUAAGUUGGUGGGCCUGCCGUCGCACUCCCGUCCAAGAAGAAAGGACAUGAAUUCACGCGAACGAACGAAGAACACGACGAGCGCGCGGCGAGCGUUGGCCGUGCAGUUGUUUAACGCCGGCGUCGUCAGAGCCGGAACUCCUAGGACUCCGGUGCAGGUGGACCUGAAGCGACUGCUGGAGCAUCCAGCGUUGUCGGCGCACUUGAGCGCUAUGCUCUGGUCGCUGAAGGACCGCGGCGAGCAGUACGACCGCGUCUGCGGUAUCCCCUUCGACGCGGUGUCGCGCUGCGGUAUCCCCUACCGCGGCAUCACUUGCGCCUACCAGAUAUCCAGUCAGGCCAAGAUACCGAUGCUCUUGCGGCAUCCAGCUGCGGCGGCUGGCGGCGCGCUCGACGGCGAGUUCCAGAUCGGCGACAGGGUCGUCAUCGUCGACGACCAGAUCUGCAACGGCAACGACAUCAUCGAGACGGCGGUCAUCCUGCUCAAGCGCAAGCUCAAAGUUGGCGAGGCUCUGGUCGUGAUCGACGGGGAACAAGGCGGCCUCGAGAAUCUAGCCAACGCGGGAAUCCAGGUGAAGAGUCUGUUCGGUAUCUCCGAGUUGAUCGGCUAUUUGAAGGACGCCGCCAAGAUACCGAACUGCGAGCGUGCGUCAGUGAUUGAGAACGAGCAGACCGGCGUCGUAUGGGAGGUGCCAGGUCGUCGCGCCAAUCGGCGGAUGGGCGUUUGAGCGCGUGGUCGCGAACUCGUGUCGAACAACCACUUCAGAGCGGGCGCUUCGCGAGCCUUCGAAGGAACAUCGACGAAUCUCGGUGCUCGUCACAGGACUGCCCGAUGCUUCCAAGUAUACGUCCAGAAGUUUUGGUAAAUCUGCAUUGAAUAUUUUCGAGGGUAUGAUUGAGUUAUCUGAGAGCUUAACUAGCCGAACGCCGAUGCCGUUCGCUAUUGGCUUUUUCCAUUCUGUGACUAACUCAUACCUCCCUCCUGAAAAAAUCAACUAAGUUCUUGCGUACAAAUUUACUUAAGAACUUACGUAAGAAACUGUGCAAUAAUGUAUAUCAGUCCUUACGUGUAAGUUCUUAUGUAAGAAAUCACGCAAAUUGUUACUCGAUAUGGCAAAUUUAUAUAUAAUUAUGCAGUAAGUUCUUAUAUAAGAACUUACUCGGUGUGAUAAACGGAUGGUUAUUUCGGUAAUUUUUUACGCACUUUUUACACGUAAUUGUUUUUAUUAUGUAUUUUACAGUUAACGUGUGCCUCUUCUUUACGGAGUAAGUUCUUUUCUAAGAACUUGUGUGAGACAUUAUCGAAAUAAGUAUUCGUUUAUCAUGCCGGGAACUUCUUGUAUAAGAAUUUGUGUAAUUUCUUACAUAAGAGUUUUGUCGAAAUACACGUGUAAAAACUUAAUGCGUUUUUAAACAAAGUCUUAUGUAAGUUCUUACGCAAGUUCAUACGCAAGAGCUUACUUGAUAUAAUUUUCAGUUUUCUGGCGCCUGGGCGGAAAUGGUUAUUCCAAUCGGCCAUUCAACUAUUUCACAUUGUAUAUUGUAUAUGUUGUGUAUGUGUAGCUGUUUCGAAUGACAUUACAAUUGACGAUCUUGACUUGAAUCGUCAUUCAAUGAAUGCAUAUACAUCUUUCUUAAUGUGGUCUGGCUGUAUUGUAUUUUUUAAAAUUGACAUUUCACUUACGCAAGAGUGUAUGUGUGUCAAAAUGAACAUUACGAAGAGUGUAUGACCUUACGCUUUCCUCCCUUGAAUGACAGAAGUUUGGGCUUUCACGUAUUAAGCAACUUUGCUUUUCGUGUAAACUGCAUAUUUUUAUUUAAUAAACAGCUACUCAUUAUGAACUAAUAACGCCAUCUUAUCUCUUAUUU